CAGCUGUCUAAAACUUAUGGAUCUGUGUUCACUGUCCACAUUUGUCCCCAAGAAAGUCGUGGUUCUUACCGGCUUUAAGACUGUGAAAGAGGCUCUAGUCAACCAUGCAGUGGAGUUUGGAGAACGGGAGAUAUCGCCAAUAUUUUAUGAUUUCAACGAAGGCCAAGGAGUCCUGUUUUCCAAUGGAGACUCGUGGAAGGAGAUGAGACGCUUUGCUUUAUCCACCCUUCGGGAUUUGGGGAUGGGAAAACGAGGAAGUGAGGAGAAGAUCAUUGAGGAGAUCCACUACAUGUCAGAGGUGUUUGAAAACUUCAAAGGCGAACCCUUUGACACAUUGCAGGUAGUGAACUACUCAGUCUCCAACAUCAUUUCCUCCAUCGUCUAUGGCAGUAGGUUUAAAUACGAUGACCCAGAGUUCCAAAGGAUGGUCAUCAGGGCGAACGAAAACAUCAGGCUCACCGGAUCACCUGCCAUCCAGAUGGCAGAACAUGAUACAAUAGAAGAACAGAAAACUCAUGUCAAAGGUCCUCCGUAUACAGACGCCGUCACCCACGAGAUACAGAGACUGGCCAACAUUGUUCCAAUGAGUCUCCCUCACAUCACAAGCUGUGACGUGGUCUUCCAAGGAUAUCACAUCAAGAAAGGGACCACUGUCAUCCCGCUGUUGACGUCUGUACUUUAUGAUGAGAGUGAAUGGGAGACUCCCCAUACCUUCAACCCCGGCCACUUCCUGGACGAUCAGGGCCGAUUCAGAAAGAGGGACGCCUUCAUGCCCUUCUCUGCAGGGCGUCGGGUGUGUCCUGGCGAGAGUCUGGCCAGGAUGGAGCUCUUCCUCUUCUUCACCUCACUCCUGCAGAAGUUCCGUUUAAAUCCACCUCCUGGGGUGUCUGAAUCUGAUCUGGACCUCACUCCAGUUGUAGGUGUAACACUUAACCCGUAUCCCCAAAAACUGUGUGCUUUAAUCCGAAGGUGAAGAUCCUGGAUUCUGAAAAUAACCAAAAGACAUGAGCUAUGAUAGAAAAUACUGAUUUACAUCAACAAGUAAUGCAGCAUUUAAAAAUGUA